CAUGCUUUUUUCUUGCGCCGGAAGUCAGUGGGGGUCGCUUGCAUUUAGCGUUUCCUUGAAAAAACAGAAUGAAGAAAAAACAACUGUAGCCAAAAAAACAAUCAGCGACAAGCACGUAGCGACGAGGACAACAUGAACCCUUGGAAGAGGUAAUCAAUCUGCAUUGCAUUUCAUCUAGUUCCGCUACCCAAGAAACGGUUUCCCCAACCGAUCCCUGCCUCCCUGCCUCCCUGCCCCCCUGCCCCCCUGCCCCCCUACCCGUCAUGGACACCUGGAAACCGAACCCCCGGGCCAAGCCUUUCAUUCCCCGGCAGCAGCGCAGCCUCUACCUCACCUGGAAAUACAAGCUCACCAACCAGAGAGCUGUUCGCAGAUUCUGCCAGACAGGCGCUGUGCUGUUCUUGCUGGUGACGGUGAUUGUCAACAUUAAGCUCAUUCUGGACACACGGAGAGCAGCGAUCGAGGAGGAGGCGGCUCAGGAGUACGACGAGGCUCUGCCCAACAUGGAGACCCCUCGGAGACCGCAGAGUGGGAGGAAGGUCCUGGAUAUCGAGGUCUAUUCCAGCCGCUCCAAGGUCUACGUGGCCGUGGACGGCACCACCGUUCUGGAGGAUGAGAUGCGAGAACAAGGAAGAGGGGUACAUGUCAUUGUGCUCAACCAGGCGACCGGUCACGUGAUGGCGAAGCGUGUUUUUGAUACCUACUCGCCCCACGAAGAUGAAGCUAUGGUCCUCUUUUUGAACAUGGUGACGCGUGGGAGAGUCCUGAUCUUUACUAUCAAGGAUGAGGGCUCCUUCCAUCUGAAAGAAGCAGCGAAGACCCUGCUGAAGGGGCUGGGCAGUCAGGUGUCCCUGUCACUGAGCUGGAGAGACAUGUGGACUCUGGUGGUGAAGAAAGGAGGUCAAGUGUAUGGGGAGAAACACUCAAAGUCUCCAGCGCUGUCCACAUGGGGUGAUCCAGUGUUACUGAAGACAGAGGUGCAGUUAACACCAUCUGAAGAUGCCGAGUGCCUCUGGCCCGAUACCGAGAUGAAUCGACGCAGGAAGAUUUUCUGCAGUAAGGUGGAGGGCUAUGGCAGUAUCUGCAGCUGCAAGGAUCCGGCCCCCAUCGAAUUCAACCCAGACCCAGUAAGCUUUUCCAGACUAGCAGAAAAUAACGUGCAUCAUGUUCCUGUGGCUGUUAUCGCUGGAAAUAGACCCAACUACCUGUACAGAAUGCUGCGGUCCUUGCUUUCUGCUCAGGGAGUGAAUCCCCAGAUGAUCACUGUAUUUAUAGAUGGAUACUAUGAGGAGCCUAUGGACGUCGUGGAGCUCUUUGGUCUGAAGGGGGUUCAGCACACGCCAAUCAGCAUUAAAAAUGCCAGGGUGUCCCAGCACUACAAGGCCAGCCUGACUGCCACUUUCAACUUGCACCCUGAUGCACAGUUUGCAAUCGUCUUGGAGGAGGACCUGGAUAUCUCUGUUGACUUUUUCAGUUUUCUGAGUCAGACGGUUCAUUUACUUGAAGAAGACGAGAGUCUGUACUGUAUUUCAGCCUGGAAUGAUCAGGGCUAUGAGCACACUGCAGAGGACCCGGCCCUCCUGUACCGUGUGGAGAGCAUGCCUGGACUGGGCUGGGUCUUAAAGAAGAGCCUUUACAAGGACGAGCUGGAGCCCAAGUGGCCAACGCCGGAAAAGCUGUGGGACUGGGAUAUGUGGAUGCGAAUGCCUGAACAGAGAAAGGACCGGGAGUGCAUCAUUCCCGACGUGUCCAGAUCUUACCACUUCGGCAUUAUUGGGCUGAACAUGAAUGGAUACUUCCAUGAAGUUUAUUUUAAGAAGCAUAAGUUGAACACAGUUCCUAAUGUUCAGUUCAAGAAGGUUGACGGUUUGAAAAAGGAUGCCUAUGAGGCAGAAAUUCAGAGACUACUCGGUGAAGCGGAGUUGCUGGAUCACAGCAAGAACCCAUGUGAGGACUCCUUCAUUCCAGACACGGAGGGAAAAACCUACAUCAUGUAUAUUAAAAUGGAACAAGAGGCUGACAGCACUGCAUGGACUGAGCUGGCCAAGUGCCUCCACGUCUGGGAUCUAGAUGUCCGAGGGAACCACAAGGGACUGUGGCGUCUCUUCAGGAAGAAAAACCACGUUCUCGUUGUUGGAUCUCCUGUGUCUCCCUACUCUGUAAAGAAACCCGCACAGGUGACCCCGAUUCACUUGGAGCCCCCUCCGAAGGAGGAAGGAGCAGUUCCUGAACAGACGUGAUCUCCAGGUGUGCAGCGUCUGUGUGUGACAUGACAGCCGCUGUGCAGCCACAACAACCACUAACCCAGCCUGGUGACCAGCGCAGAGUCCGCUCGGAGCACGGGGCAAAAGGGAAUGAAAACCAUGGCGAUGGAACACAACCUUUUUUAUUUAUUUAUAUUUUGUUCAUUUUAGUUGCAAAUCAGCCCUGAUAUGUUUUACAUACAAACCCUUUAACAACGGGGUUUUCUUAACUUUUUUUUUUCUUAAUGGCUGAUGUGUUGUUGUUGUUGUUGUUGUUGUUGUUGUUGUUAAAAGUAUAUACUGGCAUACGUCUUCCUGUGGAAUCAAAGGAGAACUAGAAGGCUUAGAAGCAUAUAACAGUACUCCAUUUUUGAUGGCCCUUCCUGGAAAGAUGGAUCCAUUGGUAUUCCAGUAUCUUAACCGUGGCAGAUGUAAAUUUUGCCGCUCCUUAACUUUAUUAAUCCAGAUAGUGUAUUUCCCCCAGGAGUGGUUUAUUGACCAAUUAUUAUUUAUUUCUUAGCAGACAUUACUGCAUACAAUUAAAAUUACUGCAUAUACUAAACAAAUACAGUGAAAUGAGGUCUGUGAACAUGUACAUUUAUACAUUCAAGGGAGAUUGGGCACUGUUAAAUCAUUCAAAUAGAAGCCAUUGUGCUUUUUUUUUGUGGGGGGGUGGGGGGCUGUUAUUUAAAGCUUCACUCCAGACUGUAUUGUUCAGUGUGCUUCAGUUAGGUGUGGGGGUGUGCAGAAACUCCUACUCUUACUCGCCAUUGCUUUUCAGAAGUGUUCAUCAGCAAUAUUAAUGUGUUGAUUUCAAAACUAGAAAAGCUGUCCUUCCUUCAAGAUUACAGUGGCGUACCAGUCCGUGCCAAUUAACCUCCGUGUUUUAAAAGCUGAUUGGAAGAAUGUUUUCCUGUCGUCCGCGGCGCUGGCGUUUGCACUGCCUGACUGGCAUGCUGAGGGCAUGAACUGCCGAUGAAAAGUGAGUUUACGGCCUUGGCAUGACUGUUAGAGGCAUGAAUGAAAAUACCUUACUGAAACCCAGACUAGCUCAUUAGGUCCGAAUAUUAGCUACAGAAUAUUGUAUUCCUCUUGUGUAUAUAAACUGUAACCUAUAUAUUUAUUUAACUCAACUGCCGCUGCUGUCACUAUGAGGGAUAGUUUUAGUGGCUUUAUUAACUUUAUCAAGGAGCAAAGCGCAGGAUCAGUUGAUAAACAGCCUAAAUUGCCUGAUUUUAUGAUCUGAUGUGUGUAAUAUAUAUUUUAAAUUCAAUUUUUUGCUUUCUUAUUAACUUGUGUUCAUGGCACAUCGUUUAAUUGUGUGGAAAUUCUUUCUUGUUUGUUUUAUUUUGUUAAUGUUAAAGUUUUGGUAGUAAAUUGAAUCCAGUAGUUUUAUGUUUUAUAUUGUUGUCUCAAACUGAUCAUGGUCAACUACAUUUCAUAUUAAGUGUUCAAUUUAUUUAUCCAUAAGUAUUUCCUGUUACUUUUCUACUGUGAAGAAGACCAUUUAACUGUUGGAUAUUGAUGCAUUCAAUGGUGAAGGAAGUAAGCAGGCAUCCUGGAUUUCUAAGGAAUAUAUAUAUAUAUAUAUAUAUAUAUAUAUAUAUAUAUAUAAACAUUUGUAAAGCUUACAAAGAAACAAGAUUCAGCAGUAAUAGCUUGCUUUUCAUAAAUGCAUUUUGCAUAUACUCUUUUGAUUUGGGUUAUUUAGAUGGAUGCGUAGUAUAUUUUCAUAUAAAUUAAUGAAUUAAAAAAUAUGUUAAUACCCAAAGUAAACUGCAUCUAAGGGUAAAACAUAUUGGUGAGUGUCUGCGUAUGUUUUCAUUUCAGAAACAACUUUCAAGUACAGGGCUAGUAUUUUAUUAGUGCUUUCUGUUUCCGUCACUGCUGGGUCAGAGCGAUUUGUAAUUGUACAGUUUUUAUAUGAAUUAUUGUUGCCCACUGCAUGUCAACUUUUAAGUAAAUUUUUUUUUUUCUUCGCAA